GCAUCCCUGAUGUCCAGUGAUGUGGGCAGUGGUUCAUUCAUGGGCCUGGCAGGCACUGCAGCAGCUGGGGGCCUUGCUGUUGGAGGCUUUGAGUGGAAUGCCAUCUGGCCACUGCUGGCUCUCGGCUGGAUCUUCUUGCCUGUUUACAUCGCAGCAGGAGUUGUCACCAUGCCUGAGUACCUGCAGAAGAGGUUUGGAGGGCAGAGGAUACAAAUCUACAUGUCCGUGCUGUCCCUGAUUCUCUAUAUAUUCACCAGGAUAUCCACAGACAUUUUUGCUGGAGCAUUGUUCAUCCGAACCUCUUUGGGCUGGAACCUCUACUUGUCCACUGCGGUCUUGCUAGCAGUGACUGCUGUCUACACCAUAGUUGGGGGUUUGACUGCUGUGAUUUACACAGACCUGAUCCAGACUGUGAUCAUGGUGGUGGGAGCUUUCGUCCUCAUGUUCAUAGGAUUUGAAAAAGUUGGCUGGUAUGAGGGACUUCAGGAGAAAUACAUCACAGCAAUACCAAAGAUCACAGUCCCAAACACAACCUGUCACCUCCCACGUGAAGAUUCUUUCCAUUUGUUCAGGGAUCCCAUCACAGGAGACCUUCCCUGGCCUGGCCUUGUAUUUGGUCUCACUGUGGUGGCUCUUUGGUGCUGGUGCACUGACCAGGUGAUGGUCCAGAGAGCUCUCUCUGCCAAGAACCUCUCCCAUGCCAAAGGUGGAUCAGUGUUUGCAGGACAUCUGAAAACAUUGCCCAUGUUUUUCAUUGUCAUGCCAGGAAUGAUCAGCAGAGCUCUUUUCCCAGAUGAAGUGGGCUGCGUGCACCCAGAAGAGUGCAAAAGGAUCUGUGGAGCUGCUGUGGGUUGUUCCAACAUUGCUUACCCCAAACUGGUGAUUGAACUCAUGCCUGAUGGGCUGCGGGGUUUGAUGAUUGCAGUGAUGAUGGCAGCCCUGAUGAGCUCCCUCACCUCCGUUUUCAACAGCAGCAGCACCCUCUUCGUGGUGGACAUCUGGCAGCGGCUGCGCAGGAAAGCCUCCGAGCAGGAGCUGAUGAUUGUGGGCAGAGUCUUCAUCCUUAUCCUUGUGGUCAUCAGCAUUCUCUGGAUCCCAAUUGUUCAGUCAGCCAACAGUGGAAAGCUCUUUGACUACAUCCAGUCCAUAGGCAGCUAUCUGUCCCCACCAAUCACAGCCCUCUUCAUCCUGGCAAUCUUCUGGAAGAGGGUUAAUGAGCCUGGUGCUUUCUGGGGGCUCAUGGCUGGGCUGGCUGCUGGGCUGGCUCGGAUGAUCAUGGAGUUUGCUUACAGCGCCCCAGCUUGUGGGGAGGUGGACAGGAGGCCAGCUGUGCUGAAGGAUGUGCACUACCUCUACUUUGCCCUCAUCCUCUGCGCCCUCACUGCCAUUGUCAUCGUCAUCGUCAGCCUCUGCACCGCACCGAUCCCUGAAGAGAAGCUGGAUGGCCUCACGUGGUGGAGCAAGGACAAAAAAGCACCUGCCAUAAUCCUGCACAACAGCAGCAGUGAAGCAGCAGAGAUCACCCCAGAGGACAGGGAGAAGGACCUGGUGGAAACUGCAGCUUCAGGCGAUGAGGAGGAGGCAGCAGCCAAACCUCCCUGCUGGAAAAUGGUGAUUAUGUGGCUGUGUGGUCUGUCCAGCGGCCCCACUCCCACCCUGUCCCAGGAGGAGAAAGCUGCCCUGGAGCAGAGACUCACCAGCAUCGAGGAGGAGCCCCUGUGGAGGAAUGUGUGCAAUGCUAAUGCCAUUAUCCUGAUGACCAUCAACGUCUUCCUCUGGGCAUAUUUCGGCUGAGCUGGGCUCAGCAAUCGCUGGCUUUGGCUGCUCUCACCUUCCUGGCUGAGCUGGGGGCAGCAGCUCCUGUGACAGCCCCUGUGGCACCACUUGCUGGGAAUGACUGUGGGGCUCAGUUUCUCCAUGAGGGGGGGCCAAGACUCAGCACUGCUCACAUCUGGGAUGCAGGGGAUGUGUGGGGGGACAAGGCACAAGUCAGGAGGUUUGAGGUCAAGUUUUAGGGUGCAGAGCUGAGACCAGCAAGGAGCAAAGGCUUUAGAAUGCCCAGCUGGGGCAUCUCUCAGGGCUGACUUUGCACUGCUGGGCUUAGGGGAAGGAGUUCUGGUGUACAGAGGCAGACUUAAACACUUGCUGUGUUUUUUUAUAUGGCCAAAAUUCAGAUGGGAUCAACUGGGGACUGGAUUAACUCAGCAGUGACAACCCUGGCCCCCACAGCCUCCCCAAAAAUCUGUGUGACACCUCUCCCACCCUACCCCAGCCCUCACUGGCAUCAGCAGUGGGUACAGGGGCUCCUUCCUCUCCCUGAGCCCCCCAUCCUACCCCCUCUGUUGCACAAGGGCUGGGCUUACACCAGCCUGAGCUGUUUGCUCACAGGGCUGAUGCUGCCCCUCACCAGCAUUUCCAGCAAUAAAGGUGCCUGGGUAACCAA